UCGCUCGCGGACUAUAAAAAGUGUUUAUGCGAGAAGAGAAGUGAAAUUUUGUGUUGUUUCGUCCGGUUAAAGUGUUAAAAAGCGUCCCAGGAGAAUCAUGGCUUCGGUUGAGCAGAUGCAGAGCAAAUCGUGGGACUUGUCCCUGUACGAAUUGCACCGUACACCGCAGGAAGCGAUCACGGAUAACACGGAGAUUGCGGUGUCCCCGCGCAGCCUGCACAGCGAGUUGAUGUGCCCGAUCUGCCUGGAUAUGCUGAAGAAAACCAUGACCACCAAGGAGUGCUUGCACCGGUUCUGCUCGGACUGCAUCAUCACGGCGCUGCGCUCGGGCAACAAGGAGUGUCCGACGUGCCGCAAGAAGCUCGUCUCCAAGCGCUCGCUCCGGCCGGAUCCCAACUUUGAUCUGCUCAUCUCGAAAAUUUACCCCAGCCGGGACGAGUACGAGGCACACCAGGAGCGUGUGCUGGCCAAGUUCAACUCAAGCCACUCGCAGCAGGCCUUGGUGCACUCGAUAAACGAGGGCAUCAAGUUGCAAUCCCAGAAUCGACCGAAUCGCAAGCAAAAGGGGGAGAACGAACUCUGUCCAUCGAACGCAAGUUCCUCCUCAAACUCCACGGCCGUGGCCCCGACAGGCACAGCAGCAGGUAACGGGUCCAACGGGGGCAACGAAUCGACCAGCAAAGAAGGCACACCCGGGAGCGCUGGUGCUGGCGGUAGUGGUAGCGGUAAUGCAACCGCUAGUACCAGCGGUAGCACUGCCAGUGGCACACCGAGCGCCGUCUCGAGUGCCACGGGUCCCGCUAGUACCUCAAGCACGGCCCCCGUUGGCGGAGGAGCAGGAUCCAGUUCGGGAGCGGCAUCGACCACCGCCGGGGAGCAGUCGCGUCAAUCAUCGAAUCCUCCCUCGGUACGCAGCACCCCAUCGCCCGCACCGUCAAACAUCAGUUCCGCCAGCAAAGCCAAACGACCCCGUUCCGUGAUGACCUCGGAGCGAUCGGAGGAAUCGGAAAGCAACAGUGAAAUGGAUGGACGCACGGAGGAAAAUGAUUCCAAUCUGGACACCGAAGGCGAUGGUAACUCGGAGCAUGGAAGCGACGAGAUUGAGCUCGUCUUUAAACCACACCCAACCGAGAUGACCGGAGAUAAUCCGUUGUUGAAGGCCCUCAAGGAGAACUCGAUUCGAUACAUCAAAACGACAUCCAACGCUACGAUUGACCAUCUCAGCAAGUACCUGGCGAUGCGUUUGACGCUGGAUCUCGAUCAGGAGCUGCCGGAAUCGUACCGCUUGGUGAACUUCUGCAUCUACAUCGCCCAGCAAACGGACCAGCUGGUGGUGCUGAGCGGUAACCAGACGCUUCAGCAAGUGAACGAAAAGUUCUGGAAGGUAGUAAACAAACCACUCGAGAUGUAUUAUUCGUGGAAAAAGUCAUAGGGCUCGACGGGAUGAGGAUAGCACUCGAAGAAGACUCACAUCGCUAUCGACGAUGCCGUGGGCACAUAACCACACAACACACAAUCUAGUUUUUUAAAUCAAUUUUACAUAAAUAUUUAGACUACCGCUAGAUUUAGAAUAAAACAAAACGUGAAAUCCGUGUGUAACAAUGUAGAACGCUGUGUGAUUCAUUGGCAGCGACUGCAACCGAUCAGGGUAAACGCUGCCCCAGAGGA